AUGGCUUCCAUCUUGAAGAGUCAAGCGGCUUUUGAGGAGAGGGCCAAAGAAUGCGGACUGGCGCAAGCUGAACUCGAUGUGCUUGUGCGUAAGGGGCUGACUUCUUUGUCGCUCCUUGCCUUCAGUGUUUCGACUCCGGGCGAAGUGCCGCAGGAAGCUGAGCUCAGGUCCAUCCUUGAUCCCACGGAUCCUACGACUGUGCCACUGCGUGCACUGUCGGCGCUGCGGCGCCUCAUGUUUGAAGCUCAAACCUUAUCCAUUGCCCAGCUCAAGAGCUCGAUCGAGGGUGAGGGUGAGCGGAAGGCGGAGUUGGCCCCUGCAGAGCGAGCAAAUCGCCUGGCCGAUCAGCGUAAAAGGCUCAUCGGUCUCAGCUUGACGGGUCCUUUGGAAAACGCCUUCAGCAACUACACUUAUGUUGCCCAGGUCGUUGAUCAGGAUUGCCUCUCCUACCUGGAGCCUCACAGGUUCCUGACCAGGGCCAUGGAGGUAAAUCGUGAGAAGCCGGGGAAGUUGAACAUGGAGAUUUUCAUGAGAUUUCCGUUUUUCACGAUUUGCUCUCUUUUACUUUCACGCAUGAGCAUUGAGAAGCAUGGGCAUUUGAAUGACAUGGAUGCUUCUGCGAGUGCUGAGUCUCACGAAAUGGAUGACUCCUCGUCUUACGAGGAGGUGGUCGUUGAGGAGACUCCACCUGCUCCCUCUUGUCCUGCAGAUGUCGUCGACCAGCGUGAUCUUCGCGCUUCUGAAGAGCGGUUGAAAUCUCAGCUCAGCCAGAUUGCCGAAGACCUGGCUGCCAUAAUCUUUCAGGUGCACAUGCUGCAGGAGAGCUUUCACAUCUUUCGCACAGAGACUUCCGAGCGUCUCUCCAUUCUGGAGGGUCGUGCCACGGACAUCGAGGCGGCUUUUGAAGAGUUGCACCAGGCUUGCUCUCGCCCAAGUGAGCCCUGA